CACCGAGCGAGCGUCUUCUCCUUCGCAACAGACGACUCGGUUGACGACGGCCACCGCACCCUUCGACUCGCGCAUCGACGCCGCAUCGACGCAUCGCACCUUUCAACAAGGACGCUGCUCCUCACCGUAGCAUGGCUAACCAGAUGCCCACCCCCACAGGACCGCAGACGCAGUCUUUGCCUCCUCCCGCGCUGCCGCGGCUCGUCGCUGAGCAAGCGCACCCCAUACCCUCGUCCGAUAAAGACACCAAGCGCCUCAUCGUCGUGCUGUCCAACGCGAGUCUCGAGACAUACAAAGCUGCACACGGCGGCAGAAAUGGCACCAAAGAUGACAAGUACUCGUUGCUCAACAGCGACGAGCACAUUGGCAUCAUGCGCAAGAUGAACCGCGACAUCAGCGAUGCCCGCCCCGACAUCACCCAUCAGUGCCUACUCACUCUGCUCGACUCGCCUGUCAACAAGGCUGGCAAGCUGCAGAUCUACAUUCAUACCGCCAAAGGCGUGCUGAUCGAGGUCUCACCGACGGUGCGCAUCCCGCGUACCUUUAAGCGAUUUGCUGGUCUCAUGGUGCAGCUGUUGCACAAGCUGUCCAUCAGGAGCACGACGUCGCAGGAGAAGCUGCUCAAGGUCAUCAAGAAUCCCAUCACCGAUCACCUUCCCCCCAAUUGCCGCAAGGUCACGCUCUCGUUCGAUGCCGAGGUGGUGCGCGUGCGUGAUUACAUUGGCGGCCUGGCGCCCAACGAGAGCAUCUGCAUCUUCAUUGGUGCCAUGGCGAAGGGCAAUGAUACAUUCGCCGACGAGUACAAGGAUGACUCGAUCAGUAUUUCCAACUACUCGCUUUCGGCCAGUGUGGCCUGCAGCAAGUUCUGUCACGCUGCAGAGGAUUGCUGGGACAUUAUCUAGAGAUGGAUCGAGCCGACCGCAGCACCGGACACGACGGGCGAGUACAAGACGAAGUAGGCAAUCAUGCACGACGCACUCAUGGCAAGUAUCGAGAUUCCGCCGCUUCUACCCAUCGCCAUGAUACCAACAUCGUGAGCAUGACAAGUGUGCUGGAAGGCUGUUUGGUGGGGGGUUUUGGCUGUACGGUGGAUCACAACAUCACCGCGGGCAACUCUCUCUCUCUCUCUUCGACAUUCUCCCGGGUGACCUUGGAUGAGCUUUGGGGCUACAUUGGGUGCCUCACAAUGAAUGACCUGGUAGCCACAGCGAAUUGGGUACACACAAAUGCUGGUGGAGGUAGUCCUGAUCCAUUGCAUGUACUGUAUGAUAGAUAACAAAGGAAAAUGAAAAUAUGGAC